AGGAUUAGAGGGUGGUUUGUUUUGCAGUUGAUUAUCACUGAUUAAUCUUUAUAUGGUCAAAGAGGAGAUUGCAGUGCUGCCAUUGGCGGUUAUUAUUAUGUUUGGUUGUGACCAACAUCCACAAUAUGAGGAGGUUAAAAAAGGGGAAAUGUUAGUUUUUAUCAGACUUGAGCAUCAGUCAGUGGAUCCUCCUGCAGACUCAACAACGUCUACAGCUCAGAGGCUGCUGAUCAGCACAGACGAGAUGAAGGUUCUUGUGGUCGUCGCCGUCAUGUUCGCUCUCCUCCAUCUGGGAGAAAAUCAACCUUGUAACUCUCAACGUUACCACCAAGCGUACGACGACUUUGUGAGGAAACACAUCCUUCACCCUGAGAACGUACCUGGACUUGAUGAGAACUUUGACAGAGCUGACAAGGCUUCAUGGCAGAAGUACAUAGACAAGAAAAAGCUCUGCGACAAAAAAAGCACGAAAAUAAGAACGGUGCAGUCCUUCUUGGAGAAGGAGGAUCAGAAAGAAGUCGUGGCGAUCUGUCGCGGUGGGGGCACCCGGGUGAUAUCGAUCAAGCCGCCCCCAAAAGAAGACAGAAAUAACUAUUGCAUCAGUAAUGACAAGAUAAAUGUGCAUAUUUUGGAAAUCAACAAAAAUUGCAAGGUCACACAGGCUGCAAAAGAACGGAAAAGAGUGAUCGUGGCUUGUGACCUAGUUGGCGCCCAGUGCCGCCCGGUACACUUUCAGUGGUAUGAAACCCAAUCAUCAAGUGAUAAGAAGUGCAGCGGAGGCUUGAUUCCUGUAGUUGUUUAACUUUGGGUCCCAGCUGUCGGCCCGACGUUGAGCUGGCAGCUAAAACCUCUUUCAGGCUCAUAGUCAAAGUCUUUCUGCUUCUAUACUCUGUGUGAAAUGUUUGAUUGUAACACUUCCUGAUGAUGAUCCAAAUCAACAGGCUGUCCACAUGAUGCACUUUUCCACCAUGAGUUUACCUUUUAUUUGUCUCCAUUCAGCUUCACAAGCUUUCUUCCUGCAUUAAACUGUUCCAAACUGUCUGUAGUGGCUCAGAAAUAAAAGCAUUCA